UUCAGAUCAUUAGUCAGUGAAAACACAGCUUAUAUGAGUUUUAAAGUUUGAGUAAAAUGCUUCGGAUCUAAGGUGCACAAUUUUUCUUUUUAAUUGUAGAAAAUAUUUACAUGCUUUUGUUUCAAUUAGGGGUGUUUCACUGUACUUUCCAGUGCUUACAACACAAAUUCUCCUUAAAAAUUAGAAGCACUUCAUUCAUUUAAUAAUCGGAGUUUUUGACAUUAUCUCGGCACUGUUUUUCGUGCAUAUUUGUUUUCAUUGAGUAGAUUUGUGGAAAAUGUAAAAAAGUGUAGUAAAGGCUUCUAAGUAUAUUAUACGUUGAUACGGUACAUCUAACUGAAGUCAAGAAAAUAUAAGCAAGUCGACUAAACAUGAGUAGCGAAAUUACAGUACCAGGUCAAAAUCAGCCUGCACCAGCUGCUACGCAGCUUGAAAUCGGUUCUGUCCCUUCUGUGUCGGUAUCUUUAACCUCUCUAGCAACCAACAAUGCAGUGACCAAUGAAACAUUGCACCCUUGUAAUACCAACAACAAGCGACAGUUGGCUCGAUUCCAUCCCUAUCAUGGCGCCAACAUAAUUCUGUGUGAAGACAACACAGUCGCUUACCGCAAGGCAAGCUUUGCUGAUGCAGUUACUUUUUCCGAAAAACCACUUCAACCUGGUGAAAUUUUCCUAGUCGAAAUUGAAAAAAAUGAACGUGGAUGGUCGGGGCAUAUCAGGCUUGGGUUGACACAAUUGCUGCCGGAUGUUAUCGGCUCCAUGUCGGAGGGUUUGCCACAGUUUGCAUUGCCCGACUUGGCUAACUUGGGAACCAGCUGGAUUUAUCCAAUCUCGAAAUUUGAGUCACAUUCGUUAACACCACGUAACGGUACUGUCGGUGGUGUUAUUGAAACAAAUCCAUUGUUUCAAAACGUACCAAAACCAGAAAUACUGCGUCAGGAUAUAUCUGGUUCAGUCAAUGACGAUGAGCCAAGUAGCAGUACUGCAGCUCGUAGCAAUAUACUUGGCGAUUCGCUUUAUGUACGCACUCCACGAGGCAUGAUUCCAAAGCGAUUAUUACGCCCUACUGUUGAUAAUGGUGAUUGUAAUUCCGGUAUUUUGCUAACAGAUAAGGGUUCCCGCAUAGGCGUCGUAUAUGUACCCACUGAAGCCGACAAAGAUAAGGGAGAAAUGCAUUUCAUUAUUAAUGGCGUUGAUCAAGGGCCGUGCACAAAAGAAAUACCGAUGGACAAAUCUCCACUUCAUGUGGUUAUUGAUGUUUAUGGCACAACAAAACAAAUUCGAAUCAUACAACUCUAUGGAAUCGUUUCUUUACAAAAUGCUUGUCGAGAUGCUAUUCUCUUGAACAUUAAACCACAAAAUAUCGGAAUGCUGCCGCUGCCGGAGCGUCUAAAAAACUUUCUUCGCCGUAAUGAUUAGAUAAAAAGUAUAUAGUAAAAACCGGGGGUAAGAGGAAGUAGGAGAUGACAGCGUGAUGUGUUGUUAAAAAGUUUUUUGUUACACCAAUCUUCAUACAUACAUAUGUGAGGUAAGAAGAAAUAUCACAGGCACGGAAGAAUAAAAAGGAAUGUAUGUUAAAUAUAUUGACGGUUUGUUUGUUGUUACCGAUGAUGGGGCCUAAGUCGAUCAUAUUCGCUCGUAAAUUAAACGGGCUUAGAUGUAGUGAAAAAGAUUAACCUAUAUGCAUAUUUAUACACAAAUAGUAAUUACAUAUAUAUGUAGUAGUUUAUGCAAUGCUAAUUGUUUAUAGCAAAAAUUUGUAUUUGAACAUAAGUUUUAUUUACAUAUAAAUACAGUACUAUUAAUUGGAUGUGUACUAAAUAUCACAUUCUAUCGGAAACGAAUUGGGCUUUUUUGUGUACAUGUACUAUAUUUAUGCUCCUACAUUUAAUCUUAUAUUUUUAAGCGAUAUUUCGCUAACAAUAAAUAAUUUAUCUCCAGGUAUCAUUUAUGUAUAGCACGUAAAACAAACAGAUAAGAAAUCUAUCUUAUUGCACAAUGCACUAAGUAAAUAAAAGACUUUCAACGUUUUCCUCUUUACUUUUUGUAUACAAUCAUAUAAUAUUCACUUGAAUUACUAA